AUGGGCAAAGAAGCAUAUGAAAAGAAGAUGGCACAUCACGAGGGGAUGAAGCAGCUCUGGGAGACGAAGUGGAGAUUUCCUUGCACAAUCAGCGUAUACCCAUUCCAUGACGGAAAAUUUGAAGAUUUUGAGCCUGUUUUCUUGGAGUUAAUCGAGAAAAACAUCAACGACGGCACCAGCCCAGAGUACACAAAAACGUUCUUCCCCAUUGCAGCUUCACUCACCAAGCAAGGCGAUGAACUCGUUUCGACCAACCCAGUCAAGGCAAGUGAGCUCUACCUUCGAGCAGCCUGCCUUUACCGCAUUGCUCGCUUUCCCUACAUCGGCUCGUUCCCGGCUGUCAAUGACAACACGAAAUGGGAAGCAUGGGAGCUUCAGAAGGCAGUCUAUAUGAAAGCUGCCAAGACUUGGGAGCAACCAGUGACAGAAGUCAUCAUCCCACAUACGCACAAGGCAGGAGAAGAUCGAGCAGACAUCCCCGCAUAUAUCCGGAUGCCGAAAGCGAAAGAGGGAGUCGAGAAAGUCCCUGCCGUUCUGCUGAUGACAGGUCUGGAUGGUUAUAGACCAGAUAACACCGUCAGGACUGAAGAGUUCAUCGCCAGAGGAUGGGCAGCGGUAGUGGUAGAGAUUCCAGGAACGGCGGAUUGCCCAAGCGAUCCCUCAGACCCAGAGAGCAGCGAAAGGUUAUGGGAUAGCGUCCUUGCAUGGAUGGAAAAAAAUGGAAGGUUCGACAUGAAGAAGGUGCUGGUUUGGGGGCUGAGCUCUGGUGGAUAUCACGCUGUCAGGAUUGCGCACACCCACAAAGAUCGCUUGAUCGGUUCUAUCGCGCAGGGAGCUGGUGUCCAUGAGUUCUUUGACAAGGAGUGGAUUGAGAAGGCGGAUGGGCAUGAGUAUCCCUUCCUACUGAGCCCAGCAAUGGCGCUGAAACACGGAUACAAGAACAUUGCCGACUACAAGAAUGGAGUACAGAAGAAGUUCUCCUUGCUCGAGUCCGGACUGCUAGACAAGCCCUCGACGAGACUUCUGCUGAUCAAUGGAACACAUGAUGGACUCAUGCCAAUUGAGGACUCGAUGCUCCUCUUCGAGCACGGCACACCAAAAGAGGCGAGAUUUUUUGACAAAGCACUGCACAUGGGAUAUCCAAUGGCCAAUGCAUCAGUGUAUCCCUGGAUGGAGAGCGUGAUGAAUAGUUCAUGA